CGCGGCGUUGGUGUAGCGCCACCUGACAUCGAUUGUUUACCUCGUCCCGCCGCCUUCCUCUGUUCCCUACCUUUAAUUUUAUUGAUGUGUAUCAGUCCAGCAACUGGUGUUGGUUCACCCCCAUCAACACCUGCCAAUCAAGUCCCUUACCGUAUACAGGUACUUCACCAUCAACAGACACCAUCAAAAAUGGAUGAGGGUAUUCUUUCACUUAGAUGGAAUAAUCAUCGCUCAACUUUUUUUCAUGCUUUAUCUACGCUUCAUCGAAAAGAAUUGUAUAGUGAUGUGACGUUAGCUUGUAAUGGCAAAUUUUUUCCCGUGCACAAGAUGGUGCUUUCAGUUUGUAGUGAAUAUUUUGAGGACAUGUUUAAACAGACAACGUGCAAACACCCUAUUAUUGUACUUAAAGACAUUCUGCAUGAUGAUCUUGAGGCUCUCCUCAACUACAUGUAUGCGGGAGAAGCAAACGUUGCACAAAGUGACUUAGCGAGAUUAAUAAAGGCUGCUGAGUGCUUAAGAAUUAAGGGUUUGGCUGUGCCUGAUGAAGCUCCCCAGUUAAGUGAUACUAAGAGACCUCACACAGACAGUCAUAGAGAUGAAACUCAUCAUCCAAAGCGAAGAAAACACGAAGAUCGAUCGUUAUCUCCAUCAAAAUCCAACCAGAGUCACGUGAGAGAAAGACGGAACUCGGAGGAUGUUGAGUCGUGCAAAGACACUAACGAUACAGACUCGGUUAGUGAACAACAAAUGUGUCAUUCUGGGAGGAGUGGCCAGAAUGCAGGCAUUCACCAUCACCCUCCCUCAAGCCCAAAUUCAAACAUAGAGAUAGACCUUGGAAGAUCCAACAGAGAAGACAACAGUAGCACUCAAGAUCUUGCAGAGGUGGUGUUGGAAGAAAAACCAAUGAUAAAAGAAGAAGUACCUGAACCAAAACACGAACACGAGGACGACAUAACUCAUCUCACAGACUCUGAAGCGAGUAUUAACUACGACCCUCUUAACUCUGUGGACGAGAGAGGAGGUAGUGGGGGAACGAGCAUGUACAACCCGCAGAUGAUGUCGACCCAUCCACAAAAUGUUUUACAAGACCUAAUGGUGCAAGGUGUACCUGGAACUUCUGCAAUGGCGGGAGAUGCACUGGCUGGCUGGGACCCUAUGGCGGGGUUUCCCCUAGAAGGUGUGAUUUCUGAAGAUUCUAGAUCUUCUCAGGCAAUGGAGUCAUUGAGAGGUUCGGCGGCUGCUGCUGUGGCAGUGACGGCACUCUUGUGUCCGUUCUGCCGGCGGGCCUUCAUGUACCGCAGCGACUUGAGCCGUCAUGUGAGAUCCCACACUGGUGAGAAGCCGUACACCUGCCCUCAAUGUAUGUACCGCGCCUCACAGAAGUCUCACCUUAAUGAGCACAUCAAGAGGCGACACUGUCAGGCACUGAUAACUGCUUUGGACCAUCAAUAAAGUGCCACAUUUGCUACUUAAAACAUACAGUAUUAUCAUUAGCUAUUGCCAUCAAGUGGUAUUAUUUUUUUUUGGUGCAUGAACACCUAAGAUUUAUUAUAAUAAGUUGUUGAAAGAUAUAUUUGGAGCCUUGCCACAACAGUACAGUAUUGAUGAAAUAAUUGUGGUGUGUGACAGAAGCCAAAGAUUGUCUAAAUGAGGGGUUAUUGUUACUAUUAGUGCGUUGGAGGCUGACAGUUCAAUUCAGAGAUCGAAAACUUUUGUGUUUUGUAAUGGACCAAGAAAAGUUGUCCACCAUAUUUAGUUUUUAGGAGUUAAAUUUUGAAAGAACAUUAAUUUGUUCGAUUAUUUUUGUCAAUUAUUAAUACAAUUAUACAUUGAUAAUUGUACCAGCUACAUAAAACUAAAGAGAAUCCUUUAGUUUAUGAAAAUUUCAAAUAUUACUUUCUUUUUUGUUUUCAGCAAAAUGUAAGAAAGUAGAAAUUCAUGAGAAUAUUCCAUGUAAAAUACUGAAGUUAAAGGAAUCAAGGAAACUUUUGUUUUGUAAAAUGAAUCAUUCCUAUGUUAACAGUACUAAAGUUGGAGGAAUCAAGGAAAUUUUAUAUUUUCUAAACUGAUUCAUUCCUAUGCUAAUUUUGUUUUUAUUUAUGGAUUUCUUUUGAUAAAUAUUGCAUAUAAAAAGUUAUUUUGUUUUCUCCUACAUUGCAUAACACCUGGUUCAGGUGACUCACUACCAGCCAAAGUCUACAGGUUAAAAACCCAGUUCCUUCGACCACUUUGACUGGAACUAACAAUAUUGUAUACAGUGAUCCCUCACCAACUGCAGGUUUACCAUCCAAAUUUUUUAAUAUCCACACUUUAUAAUUGUGCACUGUUUUACCAACCACAGAAUCACAGUACAGUACAGUAUCCAGAUUUAAGUAUUCAUGGGUUUCCAUAGUUACUGCGGGGUAUUUCUGGACCCGCAUGGUGGGACUGCAAGAACAGUGACUGUGAAUAUCCCCGUGAUGCUGUUCUCAACAAACUCAUAAUAACACAACGUUUGUUUUAUUCUUUGCCCUGAAAUGUGGCUGCAACGGAUAGGUUUAAUGAUAUGAGAAGUGGUACAGUACUGCAAAAGGAUGAGGAGAGUAAUGUAAUUGGAACAGAAGGUGGAAUCGGGGAUUGACUUGCAGGUGGUGAAAACGUUUAGUUUGAUUUACAGUACUUUCUUAGAACUGUAGAUAAAACAGUGAGUAGUUUUUGCUAAUUACAUUCUCUCACUCACUGACACCACCACGCACAGUUGUUGUUGGUUUGAAUGUCUAUUCUCUUAACUCCAUAGCUGCUACAUGCCAGCAGGCUGCCAAGAUUUUGGCAUCAAUUUUAAAAGUUUUGUGCCAAGUGACACGUUUAUAGACUGUUUCCCAUAGGCCUCUUGGUUCCCUACAGUACACCAUCCCUGCACUCCUCUCCAUGCCUCUUUACACACAGUUUUACAUGGAGGGAGUAUGUUUGUCUCCAUCUUUUAGUGACCCAGAAUUAUCCACUUCACAUAGUGCCAAGAAAGGUUGUGUAAAUCUUCAGUGAUAGUGAAUAUGUGCCUCCUUUCCCUGUGUUUACGAACUACUGCUAUUCCACACCAGCCCUCUCUCCUCUCAUUCCUAUACACUGCACUGAUUGCCCGAGGCAACACAAAGGAGACCUUCAGCUCUUCACCACAGCUAAACCAAAUCAAAUACUGAACAUUAAAUAUAUAAUUUUUAUUUCCCAAUAGCCUGUAUGCAUAUCUUUAUUUUUGUAAGGUGAUAUGUUUUCAACAACUUUCAUCUUCUGUGAAAAAUUUUCAUACAGUAUGCAAUAAAUUUAACACAAGCAGUAGCAGAAAAGUUAAACAAUUAAUUUUCACAUUUGCUUAAUUGCAUGUGCGAACAAGUCUUUGCAAGAAACCGCCAGGCGCACUACCGCAGAGCACGGCUUCUCAUCUCAACUCUGUCUCAUAUGCGUCACCCGCCAUACUAUGCAUACAUCUCGCUGUGACCCAUGUGUUUUGUGUUUAAAAAUCCCAGCAUGGCUUCAAAACGUCUUUUUAAAGGUGGUGACCAGGGCAAUAGUGCACCAAAGAAGCCUAAGAGAAAGAAAAGUGUUGACUAGGGCAUAUGGGAUGAACGAAUCAUCAGUUCACUUCAGAUUAAUCAUCAUCCAUCAUCAUUAUUCAUUCAUCGUCUGCUGUGAUGUACCAGGGGGAAAGUUGAGAGGGAGGAUCAAGAGACAGAACAACAUAAUUGGGAUGGUCAGUACAGUACAGUAUUCCAUAUGCGUUGUAUUUUUUAGGUACAGUCUCUUUCAAGAUUCUUCGAACACUGUUGGAAACAGCUGGCAACUC